CCAUCCUGCACCUUGCAUUUGCUUUUCUCAUCUUGACCCAUCCUACUCAUCCCCACAUCUGACACACCGUGAUGGCAAAGUCUGUCACCGACAAGGUCGAGGAGACGGCGCACGCCGUCGAGAAGCAGGCCGACAAGCAGCUCGACGUCCUCGUGCACCAGGACGCUGACUCGACCGACUCGAACGUCCGCUAUGCCGCGUAUCUCCGCCGUAUCCGCGACGUCGUGCGCGCCGGAUCGCGAUACACCGCAUACACGUCUGAUGUCGGCGAGGCGUUCCGUCCCGUCGUGCCUCCCUGGGUUGUCACCGCGGCGUACGGUAUUUCGUGGGCCUACCUCAUCGGCGAUGUCUCCUUCACCACCUACAAGGCCAAGGAGCAGGGCCCGACGGCGUGGGAGGCCGCCAACUUCUCCGAGCCCACGCGUCUCUCCAUGAUCGCCGUUAAGCGGUCCGUGUUCCAAGGCUUGGCGUCGAUGGCACUGCCGGCCUUCACGAUCCACACGGCCGUCGCGCAGACCGCCAAGGCCGUCAAGAACUCGCCGAGCGCAUUCACCAAGCGCUGGCUGCCGAGUGCGGUCGGUAUUGGCAUCGUCCCCUUCUUGCCCUACCUGUUCGAUCACCCCGUCGAGUAUGCGACGGACCUGCUGUUCGACAAGGUCGAGGAGGCCAUGGCGAAGAACGGGGGCGCACGCCCCGCCGAGCCCAAGCACGAGCUCUAGCCAAAUCUAAGUAUGCAUA